UCGACUGCCCCAAGUUUCGUCGCUGAAAAUUUGAGAAGAACUUAUUUAUAAUUUUGCAUAGAAAAUCGCGGGAAUAUUUACGUCCAGAGCACGCCUAAAUGUUUGCAAACACGUAGCGCGUGCUUAUCAGACUAGGAUAGUUGAAACUAGAAAUAUUCCCGCAGCAUGGCAGCUAACAGCAGCAACAACAGCAACCUACACAACCUGGGCGGCGGGCAGGAGGGUCUGCUGUCCUCGGUGAUUGCGUCGACGGGAACGCCGGGCCUGGGAACCUCGCCGGCGCCCAUGGCCACCAGAUCAUCCGCCGCCGCCUCCUCCGCGGCGCAGAGUGCCUGGGAUCAGCUGACGGCGAGUGCGUCCAACAACAUGGCCCCAUCGCCCACGGCAGGAGCUCCCACGGUCACGGGACCCAUACAGCCCGACAAUCCGGGCAGCGGGGCGGGCAGCUCACCGGUGGCCAGCUGCUCCUCCCCCUCGACGCCCACAAAGUCGCAUGCUCCCUCGCCGCUGGAGAGCAUGGCACACACGCCGCAGGGUCCUCCGACUUUGGGACCCGGCGGCUAUGGCGAGGAACUCACCGCCGAGCUGGUGAAUCAAGGUUGGCGCAAGUUCUGGUCCAAGCGGGAGAAUAGGCCAUACUACUGGAACAAGGUCACCGGCGAAUCGCUGUGGGAGAUGCCCGGCACACGGCCCUUUGAUCCGCUCACCGAUCCCCUGGGCAUCUGCCAUGCCGGUGGCCCCACGCCCAUGACCCCGCAGCACCAGCAACAGCAUCAGCAGCACCACCAUCAUCACCUGAAGCGGCGGCCGUCGGACGACAUGCACAUCCAUCCCAAUCAGCAGCAGCACCAUGUGGGCGGUGGGCCGCCGAUGAAGAAGUUUGUCCUCGCUGGACCCUGGGAUCUGGAGGUGUGCACCAAUGCGGUGAUUGUGGAGCGACCGCCCACCCUUCUGCCUCAGCCGCAUCCCGAGGUGGAGGCUCUAAGGGCCGCAUUUACCAUGAAGCUGCUGAAAACCUACGAGGAUCUAUGCAUGCGCAGGGAGAACAUAAAGGCACCGAGGGAUUCCUUUAAUCGCUGGCUCAUGGAACGCAAGGUCAUAGACACCGGCUGUGAUCCGCUGCUGCCCAGCAGCUGCCUUCCGGAGAUCUCGAGCUCCAUGUAUCGCGAAAUCAUGUCGGAUAUACCCAUCAAGAUAGUGAAGCCCAAGUUCACCGGGGAUGCCAGGAAGCAGCUUUCCCGCUAUGCAGAGGCCGCCAAGCAGAUCAUUGAAUCCCGAUCGGCGCCAGCUGAAUCGAAGAAGGUGGUCAAGUGGAAUGUGGAGGACACGUUCCAGUGGCUGCGGCGCACAGUGGGCGCCAGCUACGAGGAUUUCCAGGAUCGUCUGGCCCACCUGAAGCGGCAGUGUGAACCGCAUUUGGUGGAGACCGUCAAGAGUUCGGUGGAAACGCUGUGCGUUAAGAUCUACCAUCUGUCGGCUGAUCAUGCAAGGAAGAUCAGGGAGCGGCACUUGCAGCUGCUCAAAGAGCACGGAAUACCGGAACCAACGCCGCCGCCACCACCGCCGCACUUGAAGAAGGUCUGGUGCUAUCCCAUACAGUUUGCCGUCCCAUCGCCGCGGAUGCCGACGAUCGAGUAUCUACAGGAUCGCGACCACAUGAUCAUCAAGUACACGCCUGCCACGAUCAAUCAGCCGGAUGCGCAGUACAUCAACCUCACCUAUCUGCAGAAGCUGGAGCAGCUCUACCGGCACAACUGUUUCGAUGACAAGAAGUUCGAUCUGUUCAUUGGUCGGGUGUGGUGUCUGCUCAAAAGGUAUCAGACCUUUUUGGGCAAUGCCCUGAACUCCUCCCAGGAGGCGGAGCUCACCCAGGCGGCACUGCCGGUGCCCGUGUUUGAGUGCCUGCAUCGGCACUUUGGCGUCAGCUUCGAGUGCUUCGCCUCGCCAUUCAAUUCCUAUUUUCGGCAGUACUGCUCGGCGUUUGCCGACACGGAUGCUUACUUCGGUUCCAGGGGCCCCUUUCUGGACUUCAAGCCCGUUUCCGGGUCCUUCCAAGUGAAUCCUCCCCAUUGCGAGGAGUUGAUCGAGGCCUCUUUGCUGCACAUUGACAAACUACUCACCGACACCAUGGAGCCGCUAAGCUUCAUUGUCUUUCUGCCGGAGUGGAAGAGCAUAUCCAAGCUGGACGAGAGCAUGUACAAGCGUCGCUCCAUGGUGGUUUUGGGCAUGGCCCACGAGUACAGGCACGGCUACCAGCACAUGUUGCAAAAAUCCGAUGUGCUGAUCAAGUGCAUGCAGGGAACGCAGGUGGUGUGGCUGCAAAAUAGCGCUGGUUACGCGCGCUGGGGACCCAACGAGAUUCGCGUUGAGGCGCUGCGCGAGGCCUUCCGGCCGCAGCGCGAUCGGGAGCGCGAACGGGCUGCAGCUGCGGCGGCAGCGGCUGGCGUGAAUCCCAGCCAACAAUCGCCAGCGACGCCGCCAUCCUCUGCAACGGCGGCCUCGACAAUCAGCUCCAGUACGAACAGCAACAGCUCCUCUGCAGCCAUAACAACGAGUGCAAGCAGCUGCCCCUCGCCGGCCACCACAUCGUCCUCGAUGUCGCCAUUGUCCCCGCACACGCCCACCGGCAAUCCGCCGCCACAGUUCCCGAUGACCAUCAGCAACACGAGCAGCAGCAGCAAUCUGGUGGCCGCCUCACCCACGAUGAGUGUGCAAAGCGAUUGCUCCUCGCCCUCCUCCUCGACGAUGUCCCUUUCGCCUGCUCCUGCCUCGGGUGGCUAUCCGGAUGGCGGGACUUCGGCCACGGCGGCAGCGGUGAGCAUUACGGCCACGGCGAGCACAUCGACGGCUGGAGCAGGAUCUGCAUUUGGCCAGGCCAAUAGCAUCAGUAGCUCCGCCUCCACGCAGGCGGUCAUCAAUUCAGCCGUCUAGAGGGGAUUCUUUUUUGAGGGAUCCUGCUACCCAUACAUGGUUCUAUUUUGUCCACACUAUCUGUGCACUUUCUGUUAGCUUAAAUUAGGGAUACAGUUGAGAGGGAUGAAAACAGAUUGGGGUUA